AGGAGCAGCAGAGAAUUGUGGACAAUUCUUCUGGGCAGAUCAGCUUUAAGAGAACCAGCACAGAUUGCGGCAGAAUUGAACAAGCAUUGGCAGAGAUUGUUAGAGGGACUUUCAUACUAUAAACCGCCAAGUACGACUUCUGCAGAAAAAAUAAAAGCUGAUAAAGAUGUAGCUGCUCCACUAAAAGAGUUGGGUCUGAGGGUCAGCAAGUUUUUGGGUCUGGAUGAAGAGCAGAGUGUGCAGUUGUUACAGUGUUAUCUUCAAGAGGAUUACAGAGGAACAAGGGACUCCUUGAAGACCAUUCUUCAGGAUGAAAGGCAGAGUCAGGCUCUGAUGCUGAAGCUUGCUGACUAUUAUUAUGAAGAGAGGAUCUGCAUUCUGCGCUGCGUCCUCCAUCUACUCACUUAUUUUCAGGAUGAGAGACACCCUUACACAGCACAAUACUUCCAGUGUGUUGAAAAGUUGGACAAGGAACUAGUUCCUAAUUACCGGAAACAGUUUGAAGCGCUGUACAAAGCAGAAGCUCCUACAUGGGAAACGCAUGGAAAUCUCAUGACAGAACGUCAGGUUUCCCGUUGGUUUGUGCAAUGCCUCCGUGAACAGUCCAUGCUCCUGGAAGUCAUCUUCCUCUACUAUGCAUACUUUGAAAUGGCACCUGAUGAGCUGCUGGCAUUUGCAAAGAUGUUCAAAGAACAGGGAUUUGGCACUAGACAAACCAACAGACAUUUGGUAGAUGAGACCAUGGAUCACCUGGUGGAUCGUAUUGGCUACUUUAGUGCUCUUAUUCUGGUGGAAGGCAUGGAAAUUGACUCCCUCCAUGAGCGUGCUUUGGAUGACAGGACAGAGGAGCACAAAUUAGCCAAUAAUGAGCGCAUCCACCAGGAGAUGGACAAUCAGCUGCUGCAGUUAGGGGAUGUCUCACAUCACGCUCCGGUGCUUUUGGCCUGGGCUCUGCUCCGUCACACUGUAAACCCAGAGGAGUCAACAAACAUUAUCAGGAGAAUGGGCAGCACUGCGAUCCAGCUGAAUGUUUUCCAGUAUCUGACAAAGCUUCUGCGAUCGCUAAGCAGUGGGGGGAAGAAUUGUACUGCCAGCACAGCUUGUAUGUGUAUUUAUGGACUUCUUUCCUUUGUCCUGACAUCACUGGAAUUACAUACAUUGGGCAAUCAGCAGGAUAUAAUUGAUGCUGCAUGUGAAGUUCUGGCAGCUUCCAGCAUUCCUCAGCUCUUCUGGAAGACGGAACCUACUGCCGGUCUGGGUAUUAUCCUGGACAGUGUGUGUGGGAUGUUCCCCCAUCUUCUUAGUCCUCUCCUUCAGCUGCUCCAAGCCCUUGUGUCUGAUAAAUCUACUGCAAAAAAGGUAUACAGUUUCCUGGAUAAAAUGUCCUUCUAUAUUGAACUGUACAAGCAUAAACCUCCUGAUGUGAUCUCUCAUGAAGAUGGCACGCUUUGGCGAAGACAGGCUCCAAAGCUCCUCUAUCCUCUUGGACUAGGUCAAACAAAUCUGCGGAUACCUCAGGGAACAGUGGGCCAAGUGAUGCUGGAUGAUCGAGCUUAUUUGGUACGGUGGGAGUAUUCCUACAGCAGCUGGACACUGUUUACCUGCGAGAUUGAGAUGCUGCUCCAUGUUGUAUCAACAGCAG